AUGCCGGUCACGGCGGAAGGCGGCGCCUUGCCCGAGGGCGAAUAUGCAGAGCAGGCCUUUGAGGUGCCAGUUGAUCGCUUGGAGUACUUGCAGGGCUCAGGGUUUCUGGAGGCCAAGGAUCAAGAGGAGCGGCCGGACAUGGGAGAUGAGAUGAGGAUGACGACAGUUGUGGCCACCAGGACGGAGGUGGAGCCACAUGAGGCGAUCGGCGAGGCGCAUCGUCGAGGUGAGCUGGGAGGACUUGCAACGUGCCGCCGGUCCGCCUUCUCCGCGGGUCUUCGAGGCGAAGGAGCGGCUCUUUGGGGCUGCGAUGCCCCAGCUGAAGUUCUGGCACGACGCAGCUGGGUGGUGUCCUGGGUGGUCUUGGAGGAGCUGCGAGUACCUUAUGUGAUGGACGUGACGCCCCUGCGUGCCUACCUGAAGGAUGGGGAGAAGAAGAAGCAGCGCAUGGUGCCGGUGAUUCAACUCAUCGAUGAGGAGCGCAGUAGUGCAAGCGAAUGGAUCUUCGAGGAUGCGUUGAAACAUGUCGGCCGUGGUGAGCAAGUCUGUGCGAUGCUCUCAGAACGCUUCCCCGCCGAGCUGCGGCGUGCUGGCUUGACCACUGCACCACCGCGAGCUGCGCAGAGCACUCAGUGGUCGCUCUUCGGGCAACUGCAAGCGGCGCACUCGGCGUACAAGCGGCUGCCGGGUGGGAGGCCUACCUGGGGAGUGGCUGGUGCAGAACCCCAACACCAGGAGCAACUCACAGCGGCCUUGGACGCUCUUGAGACAGCUCUAGCUGCAAGUGCCAGGCAGACAGCGAGUCCAUCCUACUUCUUGAACGGCUCCAAACCCAACAUGAUCGACCUCAUGCUGUUACCCAUGCUGGAGCGUGUCGAAGCUCUACUCUUGCAUCCCUUCCUCCAACCUUCCAGGCUUCACCUCAGCACCUGGCCCCGCAUCUGGGCCAUGCUGGCCGAAGGCCGCCGCCCCGGCGUGUGCUCCUUCGGCGAGCUGACCAGUGACGCCGAGACCCUGCUGGCCAUCUCGCUCCGGGAGGAUCCGGGACGCACGCCGUACACCGAGGGUGCAAGAGCUCCAGGGCCGCAGCUGGCAGCGGGUGCUGCUGAAAGGGCGGAGGGACUCGGUGGAAGCGGGUGGGAUGAGGCUCAUGGAAGGCGUCUUGAGACAGCGGCCUUGGGCUGGGGCACCCCAGAGCGGACGCAACAUCCUGGGAAGAACAUCCUGGCGUUCUCAACUUGCUCCCGCCGUAGCGAGCUGCGCCGGAGCGACGGUAGUGAGACGGCCUCCACCGGGGCGACGACCUUGGUCGCACGGCCGGCCGUUCUUCGCAUCGGCUUACCUAGGAGCCCUGGGCGCUUGGAUUGUGAGGUCUACGUCGCGGAUGGACGGCGCGUCACGGCGGAGGACUCUGAGGACCUCCUCGCAGCUCUGGCAGAUCCACUGCUGGGACGUCCCGAUGACCUCGGAUGCCCCGAUCCGUCGAAGAUCCGCUGCUCUGCUGCCUCGACGCCUGACACGGCGCCCAGCACGCCGCGGCUGGGUCUGGCAGGUGAAGAGCCCUUGAUCAUACAUGGCAUCGAUGACGAGCUGCCGAAACGCACGGUUUCGGCCAAGAGCCUCCCUGACCCCGCGAGCCCUAAGACGGGCACGGCGCCCCUGGGCAGUCCCGCUCGAGUCCGAGCACCGGACGGAGAUGGUGCCAUGAUGUCGGUGAGUGAAGCGAGCUUUACUUUGCUGAAUUUCCUGAUGAAUGUGGGUCAAUUCACCCUGCCCGUGCUCUUUGUUCGGCAUGGUUGGUCUGCAGUUGUGCUGAUUGUCAUAGGUUCCAUGCUUUGUGCCCAUACAGCGCUUCUGAUGGCAGACUCCUUGGUACAGCUCAUGCGCAGGGGUGUGCCAACACCAGACUAUGCUGAGUUAGCCGUGGCAGCUGUUGGGCAAAACUUUGCGCUGUUGGCACAUGCCUGUAGUAUGACAGAGCUUCUCACCUACAACUGUAUGAAUCUCAUAGCUCUGGGCAAGGGGGUGGUGUCGGUCUUUCCAAUGCUCAGCAUGGAGACUGCCAUGUGUCUUUGUAUAGCUAUUUCUAUUGGACUCAGUGCUGUGCCGGACCGACACUUUGCGUACAUUGCGUUAAUUGCAGCCUUGGCGAUUUUGGCAGCAGAAGGAACUUGCGUUUUGGGCGGCCUCGAAUUGCCGGAGUGGGAAGAGCCAGAGCUGCUCUUCAGCCACCCACUUCAGAUCCCAAGUUCAUUUGCGUUGAUCAUCUUCGCCGCUGGAACUCACCCCUUGAUCCCUUGUUUGAUGCACAACACUGGCACACGCGAAGACUUUCGCAGCUCGAUCCUGAUCGGUUGGGCAAUGUUCACGGCCAUCUCGCUGGCAUUGGGAGGUGGCUUCUUCUACAUUUACGGAUUUUCGAUUCAGCCGCUGAUCACGGACAACACGGGCCGAGACUUAUCGCUCAAGACCGUGCCGGGAGGUCGAGCACUGCAAAGAAUGUCCGGGAUCUGGGUUUCAGUGAAGCUACUUGCUGCCAUCGUGCCUGUGACGCGACCAGUGUCCCAAGUGAUCGCAAGGAAGAUUGGGAUUCAACUCUCCGUUGGCAAUGGCGGUUGGAGGUCGAUGCUGCUCACCCUUCCGACUUUGACCUUCAUGCUCGUCAGUGCUACUUUCAUGCAGAACGAAAUCGCCAGGUUCGAGAGUUUGAUCGGCGGCAUUGCAAUGGGCUUCAAUGCCCUGACUUUUCCAACUGUCACUUACCUCCAAAUUUGUCGGCCAAAGAGGUUGGAGCAACGCAUGAGUGCUUAUGCAAUUUGUGCAUUAGGGAUGGCACUUCCAGUGUUCCUCGUAGCAUCCCCAUGA